AUCGAGAGUUCUCGCAAAUAAAAACGAACAAGAGACGGAAAACCGAUCUGCACUGUUCUUCCUCUCCUCCAAAAGAAGACGAUGACGACGACGAUGGCAAUGAUAAUUACAAUGUCUUUGUUGGUGAGGGAAAAGUUGAAAAGAGGCGCUGGCAAUGCUGGAGAGGUGAAGAAAAAUGUGAGUUCCCAUAUCCAUUUGAAUAUCAUCAGUGACUGCUACCGAGAAAAUGCAAGACUUCCAGCCAACUAGAGUCUUAGGUCAUCCAGCGUCCGAAAGAUUGGAAGAUCGGUACGAUACUUUCCCAGAUAUCCGCGUCUACAUGGUUUGCCCCCGGGCUCUUGCUUGUCUCCAGACACUUCAACUAUUUCUGCGCCAUUCUUCUCAGGAACGAUUCUCUCUCGGGUAUGUCAGAUCGCUCUGUGCGUUAUUUGAAUGGCUCGAGAUUACAAUAAUGAAACAUUUGACAAUUAUAAUGACGGUGACGAUCAUGUCGGUUUCCUCUGUCCAAUCCGUUGCGCCUAAGAAAGUAGCCAAGGGUAAGGCAUCCAUACGGGAACGAACUACCAUAUGUGAAGGCAGUGCAAGCCCGCGAAGCAUUUAUAAUUCAAGCACAAGGUGCUAUCAAACGAUUAGAAGGCAUGGAAAUUCCUGGCCCUGACUCGGAGGUGCUUGAGAUGACAAAGGAGCAAAACCACAUGGCAUCGUCCGCGAAGGGCAAAGAGAGAGAAUCGACGCCCUUGGCUACAUAUAUUUUCUAGGUCACUAAUUGCUACAUGCCUGUCCCCCGAUCUGUUCCAAUC